AUGUCUGCGCAUACUUCCGCGCACUCCCUGAACCUGCUCGUCGCCCUCACCGACCCAUCGACCUUUCGCUUUGGCUGCUCCGUCGUCGCCCGCCUCCAUCGCCUCCACCAUGUCUCUGUAAAGGUCAUCGCCUGCAAACCCUUUCCCACCGCCACCCACACCACCCUGCCUGCUCAGCUCGAGUCCGUCUGGCACACCUACGAUGCCGAGAACAGCACGAUACCGCCCUGGCAACAUGUCGAAUAUCUCGAGACCAGAGUGGCCGAAUACUGCUCUUGGGCAGACGUACUGAUCCUGGCACCACUCGAUGCGGAGAACCUGGCGAGGAUGCUGCAUGGCUUCACAAGCAAUUUGCACCUGCAAGUACUCCGAAGCUGGAAUGUCUCCAAGCGCGUCAUGCUCAUACCAGCCAUGUCCACAUUGAUGUGGGAGAAUCCCAUGUCGCGCAAACAAAUCAACAAGAUCAGAAAGAAGUGGAACUGGAUCCGCGUCCUGCCGCCCUUCUUGUGGUCAUUGGAUCAUGCAGGCCGCAAGUAUCAGCCAUGGGAAGGACACAAGGCUUUCAACGAGUCCAUACAAACACAGCUCGAUCUCAUGGCGGUUGGCGACCGUACCCUCGCUCUGCCUACCGCACAUCUCCCCACGCUUUCACGGACGAAGAGCAAAGGGCCACGCCUGCCUCCGGAGCUGUGGUCGAUCGUCCUCGAGUUCGCAGAGGACUGGGAGCUGGCAACGACUCUCAACGUGCACACGACUCUGCCUGUGCCACCAGAGUGGCGACAGGCUGCCAGCCACGAAGGACCCAAGACGCAGAUGCAAAAACUCGAAUGGGCACUGCUCACAUACCCGCCAUCUGAGAUUAGAAAACUGCUUGACCAAGAACACCCUUCGCGCAUAUCACGGCUGUGCAUUGAGCUCAUCAUGCGCUUCGCCAUGGUCCAUGUCUUGGUACACCUCGAGAGGCACCACAAAGAGCUCUUCUGGGGCACCUUUGGUCACGCGUUCCUACCCCACAAGGCCUCUGUCUUCGGAAAGACGGAGAUUCUCGAGUACUGGAAGACGUCGCCCACCUUCCUCACCAAGGAAUACUCGACCGACGCCAUCGAUGAUGCAAGCCGUACCAAUUCGAUACAAGCCCUCGACUGGUGGUACCACUCCAGUCUGCCACUCAAAUACACGGAAGCUGCGCUCGAGCAGGCCAGUUCACAAGGUCACAUUCAGGUUCUCAAGUGGUGGAAAGAGCACAGUCGAUACCGCACCGCUCCCUCGGUUCCCUCGAGCCCAAGCGAGGACAAGGACGUGGCCAAGGCCGACCGCGAACUGUUGAAGCUCAAGGUUGGCAAGUCCAUCAUAUACGCUACGCAGUCUGGCUGUUUGCCCGCGAUACACUUUUGGGUUGACUCUGGCAUACCCUUUUCACACGAGGAUACCGUUGCGAAGAUUGCAUCGACACAUGGUCACACGCACAUACUGGACUAUUGGCGCAAUCUUCGUGGCGAGAAGAUGCUGUUCGACAACCAAGUCCUGGUCGGGCCGACGAAGAUGGGUCAUGCAGAUGUGCUGGAGUGGUGGAAGCGAAGUGGGUUGAGGGUCGAGUACAAGACGUGUGACAUUGAAGAGGCGUUGGAGGAUGGUGUGGAGGGGGACAAGGGCGAUGGCGUGCGUAGAUGGUGGGCGUUGAAUGGGCUCAAUCUGGGAGUGGGGACAAGCGAAUGGAUGAAAGUCAAGGUGUUGGGGUCUUGGUGA